UGAAAAAGUACUAGUUCCAUUUAUAAGACAUUUUCCCAUGUUAUAAGUGAAAUAAUCUGCCAGUAGAAGUACUGUAGUAAUUAAAAGUUCUUUGUCUUAAGAGCAAGUGAUGGGAAUAACUGCGACUACUUUAAAACAAAGAUGCAUUUUAAUGCAUGGAUGAAACUAUAACAGAGUUGAAAAAAUGCACUACCAGCCCAAAAUUCAUUAAAAUAGUCUUUCACACUUCUGAGUUAAUAAUUAGGACAAUGAUAUGUUGUUUGCAACUUAUAUUGCUAAUUUAAUGCAUAUGUCCAUGAAAGUUUGUUUCAAUUAUUGAGAAAGGAGAAGAUUUUAUUCUUCCUGCCCUCUUUUUACUCAUAUAGUAAGUAUUGGGGGGAAAAGUGUUUGCGAAUUAAUGAUGAAAUUUGUUAAAUGAAGUUAAACUUUUUAUUUAGGUCUGGACAAUAAUUCAAUAACAAUAUAUAUACCCAUGAUUAAUAUCAACAGAUGAUAUAUCUGGUAGGAUAUAUCUGUAUAUAGAAAAUUCACUGAACUCUGAUCCAGAACCGCACAGCAUUCUGGGAAAUGAAGGCAGAGAAAAGACAUUAACUGCUCAACCUCCCAAAGCCAGAUAAGUUAAAGGGACCAACCAACUCACUCAUUAUUUGGUUACCUAGCAACGACCCUUUGGAGUAACUGAGGCAGCAGCAGUUCAAGGUUCCGCCAUUUUGCCUCAUAACUGCUUUAAAAAAAAACAACAGUGUGGAGAGAAAGCUGUGGUUCAACAGGAAAGGUCACCUCAGACAUUUAAAAUAAAAAAUAUUCAAUAAUUGAUACUGGAUAUGAAACACCCUUUAUGUUUUCAGCCAUAUUGUUCAGCCCUAAUUUUAUUACAUAACUCAAAUCCUAAUCCAAGAGAAGGUUAGCAGUAGCGGUGACCCAUCAGUUUGUAGCAGUAACGAUAAAAAGCAAGUAAAUGUCUCUGCCAACCUCCAGUAGUCAGACUGUCGUGUUGUUCUCCUGUCUGUGUUCGUUGAAUCAUGUUUAUUUUCAGCUCUGUCGCAGAAGGACGGCACAGGCUGUGAACUCACUGGUCCUCUUUGUGUCCUCGCAGAAAGAAGGCUUUAUUUCCUGCUAAUAUCUUUCAUAAGGGGUCAGACUGCUGUCACUGGGUUACAGUGAAUAUUUACACAGAGCAGAUCAUUUAGGGCAGAACUCGUCCUCUUUUGGGAUUCAUCUGGCUGGAUUUGAGCCUGUUUCUGAUUAUGUAAUGUACUUAUUUUGCUGCCUGCUGCAGUCAUUACAGACUGGCUGUGAGGGCUCCCAGCUGUUAGCAACAGCAGAGACGACCUCGGAUUUGCUUUUUCACGCCAAAUGUCUCUCACUCCGAGUCGGAAGUCGUCCUCCAUUCAGCGCAGGCGCUCAGUUGGAACGAGUGGCGGCAGCAGGGGAUGUUCCCAUAGCGACAUGUCCAGUACUUACACCUAUCCCGCCCGGAUGAGGGGUUCUGAUGGUAACCCCACAGCCCGGACCAAUCCCAGCACGCCCAGGCGCCAGACGAAGCACACGGCCUGCAUCAACAACCAUGGGAUCAAAGUCCCGGCGCCGGAGCAGUACCUGACCCCGCUGCAGCAGAAGGAGGUCUGCAUCCGACACCUGAGGGCCCGGCUGAGGGAGAACGUGGAGCGACUGCAGCACAGGGAUUAUGAAAUAGAAGAGUUGAGGACCCAACUGAACAAGAUGCAAGAAGACUGGAUAAAGGAGGAGUGCCACCGCCUGGAGACCCAGUUAGCUCUGAAGGAGGCCCGUAAGGAGAUCCAGCACCUGCAUGAAAUGGUGGAGACGGUCAAAUCCAACAUCGGCGUCCAUGAUCAAGACCCUCAUGACAAUAAACCAUACUCAGGGCCGCAGGCAGUUCGGCCUGGAGGAAAGUCCAGGUCCUGUGGUUGUUCCCCCGCCAGCACCUUGACCCGUGGUACCACCUUCACCCGCCGGAGCACCGAGGCUCUGCAACUGGACCGCAACGCUCCAGAACCGAGCGGGGCGCCUCGCUCCGCGGGACAAACCCACCUGCUGCUGGAGGCGGCGCUCCUGUCCGAGCAGCUGCCGCACCAGGCCCACCACCUCCGGCCCGGACCGGCCGUCUCCCGCUCGGCCACCUGUGAGCGUCUGUGCAGCGGCGGCGCCGUGCUGCCCAUGUCCCACUCCUGCCACUCCCUCAGCAGCAGCUGCAGGUGCGGCGGACACGCCUACCUCCCGCAUCAUCACCUGUUCCUUCACUUACCUCAAGAAGAGCCGCCGCUUUCAGCAGCAGCACCAGCCGCUGUCCCAGUCCCGGUCCUGGAGAAGAAACCGGAGGUCCGGUCUCAGGGCUGCAGCCCCACCAUGACCUGGUUGAGCGAGGAGAGCAGCGCUGAACAGCUGAGCGUCAUUUCCAUAGGGAAACCAGAACUCACCCCUUCGGAUCCACGGUCCGCGUCAACGUCUUUACCUCUGCUGUCUCCUCCAGGUCUCCCUCCCACUGCUGCUGACAAACCCGAGGACGUCAGAAAGGUGCUGGCAGGGCCCCACACCUGCCAGCCCAAGCCAGUAGAGCCACUUCCUGUUAGACAGGAAGCUACUGUACUGGAGUUUGACGAGGAUGAAGCAGAGGGAAGUGAGGACAGGCGUUCCCCUGAGUUGUCGCACUGGAGCCGCUACUUCCUGGUAGACCUUCUGGCUCUGGCGAUGCCGGUGGUUCCCACCAUGGCGUGGCUGUGCCGGGGGGCGCCGCAGGAAGUCGUGCCUGCCUACCACAUCGGCUCCCUGCUGAGAGGCUGCUGUGCUGUGGCCCUCCACUCGCUUCGGCGGCAGGGCGCAGGCCGGGGCAGGCCGACCGCCGACAUGAACGGGACGACUUCAGUCUGACUCUUCAAGCCCACUUUUAGAUUAAUGGGGAUCUAUUAUGCCAAAUCCACAUUUUUACGCUUCCAUUUGGGUCUCAACUGCUUCUAAGAACAACCCAAGCAAUUAAGAAAAAAGAACAUCCAGCUGCUUGACAAUAAGGACUACGUUCAUAUUGCAGCCCGAAGUGACCCAGCUCAGAUUUUUUGUCAAAUUGGAUUUUUUUCACAGUUCACACUUCCAAAUAAAUGCGACCUGUAUGUGAUCUCCAGCGUGAACUGCAAACGACCAGAAAGUCUCUCACAUGCGCAGUAGAGGGCGCAAUAACGGCACACAUAGAGAGCGGGCUCGGUGUUUUGCCGACCGCCAUAAAGAAGAAGAAGCGCUCAGUGUUGGCGGAAACAAACAUGGAUGCUAACGGUGGAGCACAGCUUACGAUUUUGAAGUAGUUGUCCGACCGGAAGCAGCAUAUUAACAACAUAAUCCUCAUUAUCGUCGUUAUGGUUGCUGUUUUUCUUCCCGCUUGGGCGUAUCUGGACGCAAAAUGGUGACGUUGGUCGCGUAUCAAUGACGUUCUAGUCGAUUGUUUGCGACCUGGAGGUUAAGGUGACAUUAAAAAAAAUCUGUUGUUCAGGCUGCCAUGAAAAUAUCAGAUACAGGUCGCAUUACAUAAAAAAUAAAUAAAAAUAGGAAUUGGGUCACUCCGGGCUGCAGUGUGAAUGCAGCCUAAGUUAACACUUUUAGCGUUUAGAAAACCCUUUCAAAAACCUUCCGUUGCUUAGCAACUCCAGCCCGUUACCUAGCAACCCAGUCAAAGUUCCAGCACAUGGCUACUGGAAAAGACAAGUGUUUUGUUACUGACUUACCAGAAAAGAUGUUUGUAUCAUGUUUGGAGACGGUUGUAUAAUGUCUGUUUGCAGCCAUUUUCAAGUGCGAGUGUAAACAUUGAGUUGGGGGCGUGGCCAGCAGCAGCUUGUUUGGAUUUAAAGUGACAGGAGGCCCUAAAACUGAAUAAUUAUGUGCAAAAAUGUAAUGAACAUUUUUUGUAUUGUCCAUAGAUCUAUACUAACAUGUUAAAGGAAGCAUAAUAGGUCAUCUUUAACACCACCAGUCUAACCAUCUACAGAUCAACUCAGACUUUUAAAUCCCAGUUCAUGUUGGAUUCCUCCUCCUUUAGGAAUUUUAAUAAUCAAAUAAUUGCGCUUGUAAUUCUGUCAGCCGGUUAGUGACUUAGAAAAACAAGAAUUAGCAGAAAUUGUUUAAUUUCUCAUAUAUCCCCUCUGCUUUUGCAAUAUUAGAGUAUUAUUGAAAAGUUUAAUCAGUUUUUCAGUUCAAAAAGGGAAUCUCAUCACACAGAAUUACAUUUUUAGGAGGGUUUUUUUUUUUUCAGGUGAUGUUUAUUAUUUUACGGCUUACAGCAAAUGAAAACCCAAAAUUCAGUUUCUCAAUAUUACAUUUGGGAUUUAUGUUAUGACCCACACCAGAGGUCUGCACCAUUAACAAAUGAAAACCCAUUUUGCCCUCAGUCCUGCUAAAUAAAGCUUUAGAGCCUUAAAUAUUAACGUUUUGAAAAAAGACAACUUCAAUUUUUUUUUAUAAAUACUUAUAAUAGGAGACUUGUUGUACGUUUUAAAGAAGCACAAUUUUAUUUCUAGUUUUAGAUUUUAAAACAAAUUAAAAUGCGACAAUCUUUGCAAAACGAUGAAUAGAUGUAAAGAAUAUAAACAGCUGCUUUAGUGUCAUUCUGUUGUGCAAGUUCAAUACAAUUAUUCUACAGAAAAUCUGGAAAAACUACUAAAACAUGCAUUUGUUAUUAUAUUUGAUCAUUUUUAGCUAAAGUAUCAAAGAGCCACUUGUGUCUCCGCAGAGAAUCAUCAACACCGUUCACAGUGAGGAAAAGUCACAAAGAUUAAUUGCAAAAGGAGCCGUUCAGAGUUUUGUAUCCAUGCAUAUUAUUAGAAAGUUCAGUGGAAGAAAAACAUGAACAAGUAUAAUCUUAAAUCUAGCUUGAAAACCUUUUUUUGCUUGUUUUUGUCGGAUUUGAUUAUAUUUGUUUUAGUUAAUUCUUCAUUCUGUUGAUCACUUUCUUUAUGGAGAUGCUGAGUCCAGUUUCCAGCAGGAUUUUGUACCUGUCCACUCUGCUAAAGGUACAUUUCUGUAUAUAUAUAUAAAAAAAACAUUCUCUAUUGUUUAUAUUUAAUAUUCAAAAUCUUAUUAGAAACUGAAUCUUUUAUUUCCGUUUUCUCCAAAUUAUAGUCAUCAAAACAAACAAUACAUUCCUAAAAUAUAUAAUUUUGCUUAAGUGAGUUUUAAACUGAUAUAAACUUUUCAAGGAUAUUGUGAUUUAUAGAUAGCUGUAAGUUUAACACACUGCAUGUAAAGCACAGAUUGUUUCGGACCCUGCAUUGCUUUUGGUGACCAACUUUCAGGGCAAAGAUGUAUAGUUUAUACAAUAAAAACAAAUCUGAAGUUAAAUACUUCUCUUUUUGUAUCAAGAAGAUUUUAAAAUAGCUUCAAGGAAAUGUUAUCAGUGUUUGAGUGCAACAAAAAUCAGGAAUUCAUCUUAGUUUUAUAAAGUUAAAUCUAAUGUUUUAAAGCAUUUUUACACCUGUUUGCUGCAGGUUUCUUGCUAUAUAUGCUUGCUACAGAAGGUGCAUGAAGGCCAUUGUAGAUAAAAAGGAGUAAAUUUCCACCAAAAAACUCAGAAAUUCUGAGAUUAAUAGUAAUUUUCUGGAAAAAAGCUUCGAAAUUAAAAUUUUCCUUUUUUUAAAAAAAAAGGACAUUUCUGAAUUUCAUGGUCAAAAAUCUAAAAACUUUGUGUUUUCAUUAUCUGUAAGCCAUAAUCAUCAAAAUUACAAUGAAAAAGGCUUAAAUAUUUCACUGUGUAAUGAAUCUAUGGGUUCCACUUUUUGAAAUGAGUCAAAAAGGAUUAAACUUUUUCACAAUAUUCUAAUAUUUUGCGAUGAACCUUUAUAAAGGUUUAACACUCUGUCAUCAAUGUACAAUAAUUCAGUCCAGGUUUGACCAGUCUAUUGCAGCUCUUACGCUUCUCUCAACAGCUAUAAAAAUCUUUCAAAAUGCUCUUUCUGUGUUUAAAAACGUAGAAUAAAGUAUUUUAUGAACCUUAAA